UAUAAAUCUGUGCUAACUAGCUAGGUACUUUAGGUAUUCGAAUGUCUUUGUGCUUAUCAACAGCUGUCAUGAUGAAGUAUAUAUCAGCGCUAUUUGCCGCCUUGACCAUUAUCGGUCUGGGACAAGCUCAUCAGUUCCCGGACUUUGGCGAAGGUGCUCUUCAUGAGGAUAUCCAGGACAUUUUGGACUUAGUUCCUUAUCAAGAAAUUCGAAGCAUUGUUUUGGAUUAUAUAUCAGGAGAUUCGGAAGUACAAGAAGUUUUUAAUUUUUUUCUAAAUUCGACCUUAUUAAAAAACCUGAUGUUAGAUUUGGAAGCUAUUCCUGAAGUGAUUAACAUUCUAAAUUAUAUGCAAAAGGAAGGCGUCGAUAUUUAUUCAUUAGUAAACAAAGCUAACAAAGCUCUCGGUAUCGACGAGAUCGCACCACCUCCUUCUCGUUUGUAUUCCCUGGUCAUACAGAGGACUGGUGGGAUUGUAGGACUUGUCAAAGAUAUUACGGAUGUGAUUCCUACUGCCAAGAUCAUUCGUAUUUACGUGCAAAAGAUGAAAACUUCUUCAGCUUUCGUCGGUUUUGUCAACCAACUCAAGUCAGAUAAUGCCCAGCAAGUCGUAAACAAAGCUUAUCAAAUUAAAUCCUUGCAGACCAUUUUGAAUGGACUCAAAAUCAGGGGAGUGAAUACGCAGAUUUCAGCUGACAUCAUGUUUAUAGUCCUCGGCCUUAACGUACCGAACGAUGUUACUGUUUACCAAGAGCGUACGUUGGAAGACGAUUUGAUGGAUUUUGUGAAUAGUCUUCCGAUAGAUCAGUUUAUUAAGUUAGCCUUAAAGUAUAUAGUCGAAGAUGAAAAAGUACAGCACUCUCUGCAAUACUUGCAGACACCAGAAUUCCAUUCCAGUCUGUGCGAUCUUGAAGCUCUUAAAGAAUAUCAAGCAUUAGUAGUAUAUCUGGAGAAAGCAGGAUUGAACGUUACUGAUUACAUCAAAACAUUCCAUAAGGCUAUUGGUAUGGAGGAUUAUGUGCCGCCUAAAAUAGAAAGCAUUUUCAAAUCUAAAAUUGGAAUACAAAAGAUCGGUGAUGGGAUAAAAGGAUUGUUGGAAGAUCUUUAUAAUUUAAUACCUUUUGACAAGAUUGAAGCUCUUUACAAUGAGAAAUUGCAGAAUUCCAAGGUCUUUGCCGAUUUCAUCGGGAAACUAAAAUCUCCAGAAAUGCAGAAAUUAAUCAAUGAUCUGUGUGUAAAUCAAACUUUUAAAAAUUUUGUGACGAAGGCCAAAGAAAAUGGAUGGGAACUUACGGGACUGAAAAAAUUUUCUGCUAGAAUAUUUGGUUUUAAGUUCCCACAUAUUAAAAUAUAUAAUGUCAUAUUUUAAGCGCAUAUUUUAAAUAUAUGUUUUUUUAUGUCGUUAUUAUAUGAUGUUGAUGCUGAUAUGAUGAGAACAAUAAA